AUGCCAGAAAUAGGAGUACACCUUCAUACUCCAGAACCAGGAGUAGACGCCAGAACCAGGAGUACACUCCAGAACCAGGAGCACACCUCCAUACUCCAGAACCAGGAGCACAACUCUAUACUCCAGAACCAGGAGCACACCUCCAUACUUCAGAACCAGGAGUACACCUCCAUACUUCAGAACCAGGAGUACACCUCCAUACUCCAGAACCAGGAGUACACCUCCAUACUCCAGAACCAGGAGUACACCUCCAUACUCCAGAACCAGGAGUACACCUCCAUACUAGAUGAGACCAAUGCUCCACACCCAUCAGAACAGCUGAUUCCAUCAGAGUCCACUCCAGAACAGCUGAUUCCAUCAGAGUCCACUCCAGAACAGCUGAUUCCAUCAGAGUCCACUCCAGAACAGCUGAUUCCAUCAGAGUCCACUCCAGAACAGCUGAUUCCAUCAGAGUCCACUCCAGAACAGCUGAUUCCAUCAGAGUCCACUCCAGAACAGCUGAUUCCAUCAGAGUCCACUCCCAUCAGAACAGCUGAUUCCAUCAGAGUCCACUCCCAUCAGAACAGCUGA